UCUGGCAGUCAUCAUACCGAAACUGCCAUUUAGCCAUCGCAUGCGUGUAGGGCUGUUCUCGGGUGUUCCUGAAGACUAAGGGAAGGGAUUUUUCGUCGGAGCCUGUGGUUCAAACAGACAUUAGUUUGUCAUCAUCAAGGUACAACAGCGAGCAUCUUACGGGGAAUGGCGGUCUGGGUAUACGGGGUUGGAGAAGCUAUUGUCAUUUUUCUUCUGCAGGGAACCGCUUGUCCAUCGAACAGGAAACAGGAUUCAAGUCGUCCAAGCGGUGUGCGGUGGGGUGUUGGCUUCAAAAGAGCACGUCCGGCACCAGCCGACCUGGGGAAAACAGGAGAACAGUCGAGUGCGUACGAGGGCGGAACAAUGGUCCGCUCGGUGGAACGGCUGGUUGUCCCGAGGGCAACCCGGAACGGAGUGUUUUCAACAGCACGCUAGCCCGUGUUCGAGCCGGCUGCGGACUGUAUAUCUACGAACAAGCUAAACAUCAUAUCAUACCCAUCAAGUCCCAGCUCAGCCAUGG